CAAGUAAGCAAAGCACCGGGCUCGGCCUGCACAGAAAGACCGGGCGUGGUUCUCUCUUCCUCCGCCGGCGAUCCAGAGAGCAGGAGGGGAGCGAGCCGCAGCCCCGAGUCGGCCUCGACAGUCGGGACGCACAAACUCUGCGUCAUGGCGGGCUGAGGCGGAUGAUGAAUUCCGGCGUGCAAGUCAGGGUUGCUGUGUCACUCGGCUCGCUCGGCGCGCCCCUUCCCCGCCGCCCUUCCGCACCGGCUCCCAGGCUCUUCCGGUCUUCCGUCGCCCCUCACCUGCAGGCCCAACUCCCGCGGCAGCCGGUGCACGCCAGGUGUGCCCUGUGGACGGAUCUCGCACAGUGCCCGGGUUCCGGGCGUCCGACCCACACGGGCCAUGGCGAGCGGCGCCGCCAGGUACCGGCUGAGCUGCUCCCUCCCGGGCCACGAGCUGGACGUGCGGGGCCUGGUGUGCUGCCUCUAUCCGCCGGGAGCCUUUGUGUCGGUGUCCCGAGACCGCACCACCCGCCUUUGGGCCCCGGACAGUCCUAACAGGGGCUUUACAGAAAUGCACUGUAUGAGUGGCCACUCUAAUUUUGUAUCUUGUGUAUGCAUCAUACCCUCAAGUGACAUGUACCCUCAUGGACUGAUUGCCACUGGAGGAAAUGACCACAAUAUUUGCAUUUUCUCACUGGACAGUCCAGUGCCUCUUUAUAUUUUGAAAGGUCACAAAAAUACUGUUUGUAGUUUAUCAUCUGGGAAAUUUGGGACAUUACUUAGUGGCUCAUGGGACACAACUGCUAAAGUCUGGCUGAAUGACAAAUGCAUGAUGACCUUACAGGGUCAUACUGCUGCUGUAUGGGCAGUAAAGAUUUUACCUGAACAGGGCUUAAUGUUAACUGGUUCAGCAGAUAAAACUAUUAAGCUGUGGAAGGCUGGAAGGUGUGAGAGGACUUUUUCAGGGCAUGAAGACUGUGUAAGAGGUUUGGCAAUUUUGAGUGAAACAGAAUUUCUUUCCUGUGCAAAUGAUGCUAGUAUUAGAAGAUGGCAAAUCACUGGCGAGUGUGUUGAAGUAUAUUAUGGACAUACAAAUUAUAUUUAUAGCAUAUCUGUCUUUCCUAAUUGUAAAGAUUUUGUGACAACAGCAGAAGACAGAUCUCUGAGAAUCUGGAAACAAGGAGAAUGUGCUCAAACAAUCCGACUUCCAGCUCAGUCUAUAUGGUGCUGCUGUGUGCUGGACAAUGGUGACAUUGUGGUUGGUGCGAGUGAUGGUAUUAUUAGAGUGUUUACAGAAUCAGAGGAUCGGAUAGCAAGUGCUGAAGAAAUCAAGGCUUUUGAAAAAGAGCUCUCUCAGGCAACCAUUGAUUCCAAAACUGGUGAUUUAGGGGACAUUAAUGCUGAACAGCUUCCUGGGAGGGAACAUCUGAAUGAACCUGGUACUAGAGAAGGACAAACUCGUCUAAUCAGAGAUGGGGACAGAGUCGAAGCCUAUCAGUGGAGUGUUAGUGAAGGAAGGUGGAUAAAAAUUGGUGAUGUUGUUGGCUCUUCUGGUGCUACUCAGCAAACAUCUGGAAAAGUUUUAUAUGAAGGGAAAGAAUUUGAUUAUGUUUUCUCAAUUGAUGUCAAUGAAGGUGGACCAUCAUAUAAAUUGCCAUACAAUACCAGUGAUGAUCCCUGGCUAACCGCAUAUAAUUUCUUACAGAAGAAUGAUUUGAAUCCCAUGUUUUUAGAUCAGGUGGCUAAAUUUAUUAUUGAUAACACAAAAGGACAAAUGUUGGGACUUGGGAAUACCAGUUUUUCAGAUCCAUUUACAGGUGGUGGUCGGUAUGUUCCAGGCUCUUCAGGAUCAUCCAACACUCUGCCAACAGCAGAUCCUUUUACAGGUGCUGGUCGUUAUGUGCCAGGUUCUGCAAGUAUGGGCACUACUAACAUGACUGGAGUUGAUCCAUUUACAGGGAAUAGUGCCUACAGAUCAGCUGCAUCUAAAACAGUGAAUAUUUACUUCCCUAAAAAAGAAGCUGUCACUUUUGACCAAGCAAACCCUACACAAAUAUUAGGUAAACUGAAGGAGCUUAAUGGAACUGCACCUGAAGAGAAAAAGUUAACUGAGGAUGAUUUGGUACUUCUUGAAAAGAUAUUGUCUCUAAUAUGUAAUAGUUCUUCAGAGAAACCCACAGCCCAGCAACUUCAGAUUUUGUGGAAAUCUAUUAACUGGCCUGAAGAUAUUGUCUUCCCUGCACUUGACAUUCUUCGGUUGUCAAUUAAACAUCCCAGUGUGAAUGAAAACUUCUGCAAUGAAAAGGAAGGGGCUCAGUUCAGCAGUCAUCUUAUCAAUCUACUGAACCCUAAAGGAAAGCCAGCAAACCAGCUGCUUGCUCUCAGGACUUUUUGCAAUUGCUUUGUUGGCCAGGCAGGACAAAAGCUCAUGAUGUCCCAGAGGGAAUCACUGAUGUCCCAUGCAGUAGAACUGAAAUCAGGGAGCAAUAAGAACAUUCACAUUGCUCUGGCUACAUUGACCUUGAACUAUUCUGUUUGUUUUCAUAAAGACCAUAACAUUGAAGGGAAAGCUCAAUGCUUGUCAGUAAUUAGCACAAUCUUGGAAGUUGUUCAAGACCUAGAAGCCACUUUUAGACUUCUUGUGGCUCUUGGGACACUUAUCAGUGAUGAUUCAAAUGCUGUACAAUUAGCCAAGUCUUUAGGUGUUGAUACUCAAAUAAAAAAGUAUGCCUCGGUAUCAGAACCAGCUAAAGUAAGUGAAUGCUGUAGGCUUAUCCUAAAUUUGCUGUAGUAUUGGGGAAUGGGGGCUGAGAUUUUAAAUUGAUUAGUGUUUUUUUUUUUUUUCCCUCACAUUUUUCAUGACUGAUUAAAGAUUAUUAAAAAAAAUACUGUGGAUUAAGUUAAAGUUCAGAUCUUGUAAACUGGCAAGGAGGGGAAACAAAGGAGAAAUAAAAUUUUUGCACUGAUGAA